GUGUCCGCCAGGCCCGAAGAGUUGUUGACCUGCAGCGCCCCGGCUGUUGUGGACUGGUGGUUUUAGGUGUGCUAUAACACUGACGUUCACGAAUGACGGCCCCCAGCAAAAUGUCCACGCUGGAUGUGUGUAAUGCUAUUAGCCAACUUACCGUUGAAGAGACGAGGCAGCUAGUGUUCCAAAUCGGUGUGCCACUGAGAGUCCUCGAUAGUAUUGCUGACGAGUAUACGGGGGAGAAUCGAAAACAGCACUUCGUGCAGAAGUGGCUGGACAUGAACCUCGAUGCUAGCUGGGAUAAGCUUGUUGCAGGACUGAGAAAAAUGAACAUGAACACCUUGGCAGCUAGCGUUGAAUCUGAGCAAAUCUCAAGUUACCCCCUAGUUCUCGGUAGUGGAUCUUCAUUUCUCCUGCCAACCCCCUCUGUCUGUGCUACAGCCGAGCUCAGCACACCAGGCUACCUGGAGACUGCAACCCAAACUAGAAUCUCAGCUCCUGUCAUUCCCAUCGCUCCAGUGACCGCAACCCCAGCUCCUGUCGGUCCCCUCGCUCCAGUGACUGCAACCUCAGCUCCUGUCGGUCCCCUCACUCCAGUGACUGCAACCCCAGCUCCUGUCGGUCCCCUCGCUCCAGUGACCGCAACCCCAGCUCCUGUUGGUCCCCUCGCUCCAGUUACUGACACCCCAGUUCCUGUUGCUCCAGUGACUGACACCCGAACUCCUGUCACUCCCCUCGCUCCAUUGACUGCAACCCCAGCUCUUGUUCAUCCCCUCGCUCCAGUGACUGCUCCUGUCAGUCCCCUCGCUCCAGUGACUGACACCCCAACUCCUGUCUGUCUCCUCGCUCCAUUGACUGCUCCUGUCAGUCCCCUCGCUCCAGUGUCUGACACCCCAGCUCCUGUCUGUCUCCUCGCUCCAGUGACUGCCGGUGCUCUUCUUACCAAAACAAAGGUUAAAGUAGUGAAAGCAAACAUAGAAUAUUUGGAAGAGGAGUUUUCCAAACUGAAAUGUGAAGCACGAAAAUUGCUGUCGGAAAGAGAGAAGAAAAAUCAGACGUUUACCGAUGAGUUUCGGGAUCAUCUUCUGGAUCUUCCGGUAGCAAAAAAAGCGAUCCACAUUCGGUUUUUCACAAGAAAUGAAGAUGAAAUUCUUGAUGCUAAGAAUAUUCGAAAGCUGUUUGCUAUCCUCGGGCGCUACUGCAACUACUCCAACUACGAGAUAAUCUUUCACGUUGUCAAGAAGUACUGUCAUGAACUAAAGGGAAGAAUGACUAGUUAUCGUGAUUCUCUCGUCGUUUUUGAAAAGUCCACAACAGUUGAUAUCUACCUCUGUGCCAUUUCAGCUCGUCCUGGUGGUGCAAUCACGAAAGAGUUCAUCAGCAUGACCAUGAAGAUCAACAAGCAACCCUCUGAGUGUUCGCUUUAUGAAAUCCGAGAGUUGAAUGAGUCCAUUCAGGAGGAGGCAGCUCUGGAGCCCUAUGCCAUGUACAUCAAGAUCACAGGGGAAGGCUCUGUACGUGUGAGCCUGCAUAUUCACAAGGCGGUUGAUUGGAUGGUUGGUGUGGUCCUCCUAACUGCCGAGUUCAGACAGGAACAUCUCCUGACAGAGGUGACUGUGAAGAGGUGGUUUGAAAUGAAUCUCAUGGAAUACAUGAGUAAUGAGCUGAGGUCUGGCUCUCAGAGAGGAGACUUCGAGAGAGUGAUGUCACUAAUCACAGCUGGAGUUAAUGUGAAUGUCUUCGAUCGGGAUGGAGACUCUGCACUGAUGUGGGCUGCCAGGAAGGGUAGGACUGAAGUUGUUUCACUACUGCUAGAAGCUGGAGCUAACACUAACCUACAGAACAAGAUUGGAUUCUCUCCACUGAUGUUUGCUGCCAGGAAGGGUGGGACUGAAGUUGUUUCACUACUGCUAGAAGCUGGAGCUAACACUAACCUACAGAACAAGAGUGGAUACUCUGCACUGAUGAUGGCUGCCGUAUAUGGUAGGACUGAAGUCGUUUCACUGCUACAAGAAGCUGGAGCUAACACUGACCUACAGAACAAGAAUGGAGAAUCUGCACUGACGAUUGCUGCCAGGGAGGGUAGGACUGAAGUAGUUACACUACUGGUUAUACUUGACCCUCAGCAGAACAAGGGUUGUGAGCUGCUGAUGCUUGCUUCUAAGGGAGGAGAAUUGAAGACAGUUAACGCACUGAUCACAGCUGGAGUUGAUGCUAAUCAUGUGAAUGAGGAUGGAGACUCUCCACUGAUGAUGGCCGCUAGCAAUGGUCGGACUGAAGUUGUUGCACUACUGGUGAAGGCUGGGGCUAACACUGACCUACAGAAUAAGGAUGGAUACUCUGCACUGAUGAUGGCUGCCAGCAGUUGGAGUGAGACAAAAGUUGUUCCCUUGCUAGUAAAAGCUGGUGCGGCACUGGACCUGCAGAACAAGGAAGGAGACUCAGCUGUGAUCAUAGCUACAGUUAGGUACCAUUUGCCAGUGUUGAAGGAGUUGGCCAGAGCUGGAGCUGACCUCAACCUACAGAACCAGGAGGGGUUGACGGCCCUGAUGAUAUCCUCAAGGUCUGGUAGAACUGAUCUCACGAAGAUACUCCUGUCAGGAAGGAACAUCUCUCUUGAUAUUCUGAGUGUCACUGGAUGGUCAGCUCUGUUCUUUGCUGUUGACAACGGAGAUGUAGCAACAACGAAAUUAUUGCUUAAGGCACGGGCUGACCCUUUCCUUGGAGGCCAUGGGCUUACAGCUAUGGAUAUUGCUUCUGCGAACGCCCCUGCCACUGACCCUGCCCCUACCCAUUCUUUGUUCAGAACUCGGAGUGCUGAGGGUCGUAGGCACAGAGCUAUGCAUUGGCUUCUAAGCAAACACAUGAAGAAACCCUCAAAACAGAAAGUGUCACCAGCAAAAUCAUCUCAGGAACCUCUGGAGCCUCUGCAAUCAGCAGAAUCAUCUCAGGAGCAUCCACAAUCAGCAGAAUCAUCUCUUGAGCAUCCGCAAUCAGCAGAAUCAUCUCAGGAGCAUCCACAAUCAGCAGAAUCAUCUCACGAGCUAGCAGAGUCUCAAGAGUCAGCAGCCACAAGACUCUCUCAGGUACCACUGCUGUGUAUUCAAUUCUGAUUUUAAGGGUUUGAGAAUCAUCCACAGACGUUUCAGGAUAAAUCAGACAAGCAAACUGCUGCUAUUAUGUUCUCUGUCCACAGAGCCUACUAAAACG